AUGGCUCAUUUCUUGCGUGGAAAGCAAGCUGGUAUCCAAAAGGACCUGUCUGAGGGUUUAUCCCCGGACUUGUUCCUUCUGGACGACUUUGCACGAUGUGGUGUGAAUUCGCAGAUUAGCGCUAUCGCUUACGAUCCAGUUCAGUCCCUCAUCGCCGUCGGCACCAGUGAUACCCAGUUCGGAAGUGGGCAGAUCUAUAUCUUUGGCCAACGACGGGUGCAUGUGACGUUUGAGUUCCCGCGCAAGGCGUCCGCGCGUUUCUUACAGUUUUGUGGCGGCAAAAUCAUCAGUAUCGACUCUAAAAAUGAGAUUAGUGUAUUCUCCUUGGAAACUAGACGCAUAGUGGUGUCCUAUGCACCACCGGGUCAAGUGACGGCUCUAUUAACGGACCCAAGCUUGGAUUAUGCGUUUAUUGGCUUGCAGAAUGGUGAAAUCAUUGCAUAUGAUCUCGACCGAGAGUCAUUGACGCCUUUCAGGGUUCCUAAUCUGUGGUUGGAGCGCAACCCCCGCGCAAGAUUUUUCCCCGUUGUGUCGCUGGAAUUUUCCCCGCGGGACAUCGGAAAAAUCCUAGUGGGAUAUCCCGAAGGAGCAGUGACUUUCACUUUUAAACAAAAUGUUGCGCAAAAAUACUUUGUCUAUGAGGUCCCUCCUGGGGCUCCAGGCGGAGACACACUGCCAACGCACGAAGUGCGCAGACCCAAGUUGACUAACGCGAUCUGGCACCCAAAUGGAAUAUUCAUCUUGACCGUCCAUGACGACGCAAGUAUGGUGCUUUGGGAUACAAAAGAUGGCCGUAAACUCCAUGCACGGACAGUCCAGACCCCCAAUGUAGAUCAGCCAGAUACUGGUAGAUCUGGUCCAUCUGACGAGAGUGCUGGACCAAAGGAGCCCAUUACAAAGAUUAUUUGGUGUGCCAAAGAAAACCCUGAUGAUACAGGUCUGCUAGUGGCCGGUGGUCGACCUGUUGGUGAUUCGAACAAGGGGCUCGCUUUCCUGGACAUGGGCCCUACUCCCAACUACCAGACCUCCUCUUGGCAGGUUUUGUCGACCUACUUAGAACGUUUCCGAAGACAAAUCAACCUUCCAGUCCCCCAGGGAGCCAAGGUUGUCGAUAUUUGCCUCAUUCCAAGGUCCUCGCCCUACUUCAACGGUGCCCAUGAUCCGAUUGCCAUCAUUGCUAUGCUCUCAUCGGGUGAAAUUCUCACCUUGAGUUUCCCUAGUGGGCAUCCAAUCACUCCAACUAACAUGCUACAUCCAUUCCUCACACUUGUUCAUCCGUUUGUGAACAAAUCGGUACUUACACCAGUCGAUCGUUCUGUGUGGCUCGGUCUGAAAGAGCGCCGAUUGCAAGGCCCGAAAUUUGUAAUGGGAGGUGCAGAGGCGAAGAAUCCCCUCAAACGCUUCGAAAACCGCAACGUUGUCUCGAUGGCACACGCAGACGGAACCGUCCGUGUUUGGGAUUGUGGCCACGAUGAUGAAAUUGAGAACGGCGAUGUGAUCCAAGUUGAUCUUGCCCGUGCCAUUGGUCGUGUCAGCAACAUUGAAGUAACCGAAAUGUCUUUUGCAAGUGGGUCGGGCGAGAUGUCUAUCGGACUAAAGACCGGAGAGCUUGCCAUAUUUCGAUGGGGGAACAAUCCUUCCUAUGGACGCGAAGAGCCCCCGGGUGCAAACCAAGCAGGAAAGCUGACUCCCAUCGCCCGGAGAACAGACCCUGGUCUCAAAACAGGCUUGCUCCCUUUGACCCUUUUGGAUAUGCAGCAAGGUCCAGUAACCGCGUUGAAGCAUGGACAGGUUGGAUUUGUGGCGGCCGGGUUCCAAGGUGGUUCUUUGGUCAUUAUUGAUUUGCGGGGACCCGCAAUAAUACACACCGCGCACAUGUCAGACUUUAUCAAGGCACCGAAACGAACCAGCUUCCGCAAGGCUCGGGGCUCGGAUGAUGCCCAGCCAGAAUGGCCUACUCAAAUUGAAUUCGGUGUGAUGACGUUGGAAGGCGAUGAUUACUCUAGCAUAUGCUGCUUCGUUGGCACAAACAGAGGCAACGUGGCAACCUUCAAGAUUGUUCCUGCGUCCAAUGGAGCUUACGAAGCCGUCUUCGCAGGAACAACCUCAGUUGAUGAUAGCGUCGUUAGUGUCAUUCCAAUAGACGCAGAUUCUGGCGGCCUUGCUUUGGCUACCCCUAGUGCUGUCGGAGGGUUGAGGAAUGGCGCAAAGGUCAAUGGUGUCGUCAUUGCCGUGACUGCGUUGGGGUGUCGAAUCUUCAAGCCUCCAACCUCAAAGGGUGCUCACAAAGCAUGGGAAGACUAUCUCUGUGACUCAGCCGCGGUAGUCAAGACCGAAGGACGGGGCUAUAGCUUAGUCGGUCUCUUCGGUGAUGGUAACGCUCGGGCAUUCUCCAUUCCUGCCCUUCGAGAUAUUGGCUGUACUAAGAUCAACCACAUCGCGGAUGUGCGACGGCUUUCAGACGCAUGUAUUACCCCAACUGGAACCGUUAUGACAUGGGUCGGUCCUUCGGAGAUCGGGCUGUUCAAUGUGUGGGGAGAUGGAAGCAGGGUACAUCCCUCAAACGACAAGCUUUACAAUCCCGAGGCAGUUAUUCCUCAGCGUCCUACUAUCACUAACAUCCAAUGGAUUUCCGGCACACAAUACAUAUCACCAGCCGACAUGGACAUUCUGAUUGGUGGCCCAGACAGACCACCAUCUAAGCGAAUGGUCGAGCAGAUGAAAUAUGAAGACCAAGAACGCCGCAAAGCCACAAGAGAAGGACGUGCCCCUCCACCGGAGGCAAGUGGCAGUGGACAAGGGUACUGGUCUGACAUGACUCGAAUGGUUCAGGAACGCACAGAGCGCCUUGGGAUCGCAGGGGACAGCAUGGACAGACUAGAGGAAAACAGCAGCGGCUUCGCUAACGAUGUCGGCAAGUUCGUACAGUCACAAAAGAAGAAGGCUGUUUUGGGCGGUAAGUUGAUCGUCAAUACUGGCCUAAGUGUGAACCCCCUUGCAUGA